AUGCGCACCUCGACCUACCUCCAGUUCCUGGCCCCGGCCUUUGCCCUGGCCCAGCUCGGCGACAACUCGACCGUCGCCGCUCCCGGCGUCUCGGUCGACGGCACCUGCGGUCGCCAGAAUGGCGGCACCGUCUGCGGCGACUGGGCCGAUGGCAACUGCUGCUCGCAGUACGGCUACUGCGGUAAGACGACGGCCUACUGCGGCUGGGGCUGCCAGUCCGGCGACUGUGCCACCAAGCCCCUGGUCGCCCCGACCGGCUUCACCUACAGCAUGGACGGCUCCUGCGGCGCCACCGUUCUCUGCGGCGACUGGGAGGAUGGAGACUGCUGCUCGCCCGCCGGCUGGUGUGGUCGCACUGCCGACUACUGCGGCGUUGGCUGCCAGCACGGCAAGUGCUUGGGUACCAACCCCGUCAGCAGCUCCAGCGCCACCUCGGCUGCUACCUCUGCCGCUUCCGAGUCUGCUACGUCUGCUGCUGCCGCUUCUGAGUCGGCUACCGCGGCUGCUGCCACCGCCGAGUCUUCUACCUCUGCCUCAGUCGUCGCUCCCAUCAGCACCGGCCUCAGCGACCCCGUCGUCCCCGCCCCUCUUGGCACCGCCGUCGUCGAUGGCACCGCUGCUGGCCCCGUCGGCACUGGCAUCCAGGACCCCGUAGCCGCCCCCAGCGUCAUCCCUCCCUUCGCCAACACCACGGUCGCAGCCGUCGAGGCCACCACCGUCGGCGACGCUACCGCCGCCGCCGUCACCGAGACCACCACCUCCACUGUGGUCGCCGGCCUGAACGAGACCUUCGCCGACGUCGCCACCGCCGUCCCCGCCCAGUCGGCCACCCCUCUGCCUCCCUUCUCCAACACCACCACCACCGCUCCCUCGGAGCCCACCAUGAUCGCCGCCCCCGUCAACAGCGAUGCCACCAACGCCACCGCCCCGACCAACGCCACCGUCGUCAGCGCCGCCAUGAUCCCCACCCGUGAGAACACCCCUGCUCCGGCCGGCAAGACCUGGGCCAUCGACGGCUUCUGCAACGCCAACGCCCUCUGCGGCCCCUGGGAGUCCGGAUCCUGCUGCAGCUCUUUUGGCUGGUGCGGUGUGAGCGAGGCCCACUGCGGCGUCGGCUGCCAGUCCGGCAACUGCCUGAGCGUCCCGGUCUCGUCCGCCGCUGCCCCCUCCACCUUCUCCACCACCACCGUCGCCGCCGCUACUCAGGACGCUGCCACCACCGAGCAGGCCAGCACCACUGAGCAGUCUACCACCAUCACCGUAGCCCCCACCGUCGAGGCCGUCACCCAGGCUCCUGCCGAGGCCACCACCAUUACCAUCGAUUUCGACUUCCCAGCCGAAGCACCUUUGCGCUCGUCGCGCAAGCUCCGCUUUGUCGAUGUGGCCGUCACGGCGACGGCAAAGGAGUUCGCCGGCAUCUACCGCGGCAAGCAGCAGCAUGCACCCGACGUCGAUGCGGUGCUGCACCGCGCCUCGUCCGCGGGCGUGGCCAAGGUGAUGCUGACGGGCAUGUCGCUCGCCGACGUGUCCUUCAACCUGGACGUGGCGCGGCGCCGCCCGCCGGGCUCCACCUUCAUCACCAUCGGCAUCCACCCCUACCACGCGGCCGAGCCGUACGCCGACGCGACCUCGACCGCGGAGGCGUACUUCGGCCAGCUCGCCGCGACGAUCAGAGAGGUUCGGACCGGCAGCCCGGGCCUGCUGGCGGCGUUUGGCGAGCUGGGGCUGGACUACGACCGGCUCGACGUCUGCCGCAGGGACGAGCAGCUGCGCACCUUCACGGCGCAGCUGGACCUGGCUGUGCGCGAGCGCCUCGACCUGCCGCUGUUCCUGCACUGCCGCGCCGCGUUUGCGGACUUUGUCGACCUGCUGACCCCCUACCUUCCCCGGCUGCCGCGCGGGGGGUUGGUGCACUCGUUCGUCGGGACCAGGGCCGAGAUGGAGGUGCUGACGGGCCGGAUGGGGCUCGACGUCAGCGUCAACGGGUUCAGCUUCAGGGACGACGAGUGUCUGGAUAUGGUCCGCCACCUGCCGCUGCAGAAGUUGCAGCUCGAGACCGACGCGCCCUGGGGGGAGGUCCUGCCCACCAUGAACCCCGUCGUCGCGAGGUACCUGGCCAACGUGCCGCCGUUGGAGAUCCCGAGCAAGAAGAAGGACAAGUUUGAGAUGGGCAAUAUGGUCAAGGGGCGCAACGAGAGCUGCUGCAUAGAUCGGGUGGCCUACGUCGUUGCGGGGCUGAAGGGUAUCAGUGUGGAAGAGGUUGCCGAGGCGGCUUGGAGAAACUCGGUGGAAAUGUUCCGCUUGGAGAGGAAUGAGGAAGUGGCCGAUUGA